UUACGAGUUCUGUUAAGUUGUCCUCAAAUGUUUCACAUACUGAGUAGGUAGGUAUUUACUUUGCAUUGUCUCGAUCAGUGACUAAACACUUACUAAUUUGCUACGGAGAUGUUUAUCAAUAAAUAAUAUUUUUUAAAGGACACUCCAAAACUCAAUAGAAUCACACACAGUACAAGUAGGUACGUAUAGAUCCAAUAUAUCCAUGGGUGCGUAUUCUUCAUGGAACUUUUUAUUUCUACGUCAAGUAAUUAGCUUGCUUUCCUUGUGCAACAGACAGCAUUAUUUUCCUUUUAUCACUAUACCUAAGGAAAACUUGUGGUAUAGUUACACGCAUUCACAAUCAGGUUAGUCUUGCCAACGAUGCGUGUGUUACAACUGCUAGCACUCCUUGGGCUUGCCCUGCAAGUGUUUGGUGAAGAUUUCGUGGUAGUCAACACUUCUAAAGGACAGAUUAAAGGUCGCGAUGAAGGCUCUUACAAUACCUUCUUUGGGAUUCCGUACGCUAGAGUGGAUGAGGAGAAACCGUUUGGGGUUUCUUCGCCCUACCCACACUUCACAGAGCCAUUCGAAGCUACCGACUCUACCAUAAACUGCCCCCAGGUAAACCUCGCACAUAGUAGCAUCCAAUGCCUCCGCCUCAACAUUUAUGUCCCUAAAAAGACAGACAAAAAACUGCCAGUCAUGGUCUGGAUCCAUGGAGGGAGCUUCAUUUUUGGCAGUGCCGGCAUCUACGGAGGCCAGUAUUUGGUGCAACACGAUAUCAUAGUGGUAACAAUAAAUUACAGACUUGGUCCAUAUGGAUUCCUAUGCUUGAAUGACCCAGAAGUUCCUGGCAACCAGGGUUUGAAAGACCAAGUGGAUGCACUGAAGUGGGUUCAGCAAAAUAUCGAAGCGUUCGGAGGAGACCCUAGGAAGGUGACUGUUGCUGGCGAGAGCUACGGCGGAGGCUCUGUAGAUCUGUACAUGUAUUUGAACACACGAAAGUUAUUUGACAAAGCAGUUGUGCAAAGUGGCACUGCUCAAGCUGACGCUAUGUUUUUGAAGCCAGAUUACAGGGCGGCGAUUAAACUGGCUGCAUUAUUUAAUUACACAGCUAGUAAUACUAAGGAUGCUCUAAAAUUCCUUGCACAAAAAGACCCUCUCGAGUUGAUGAAAGAAUUCAACUCCUCUGGCAUGUUGCUUAGGGCCUGCAAGGAAAAGAAAUUCAAAGGAGUACAAAGCUUGGUUACUGACAAUCCUUUACAUCUGUGCAAACCAAAAAAGGUAAAAGACACACCUGUGCUCUUUGGAUACAAUAGUAAAGAAGCAUUCAAUAUAAUUGCGAACCAAACUGAUGAUUUUUUUGCAAGUAAUAAGGAUGUGUUUAUAAAGGAACUAAAUAGAACUUUCAACUUUAAUAGGAAAGAGUUGCUGCAGAUAGCAAGUAUUGUGAAGAAGUUUUAUAUGGGAAGCAAAGCAGUUGGACAAGAUACUAAACUGGCUUUGGGUGAUUUUUGGGCUGAUUUCCGUUUAACACAUGCAACUGAAGCAUCUGUGACAAGGCUAGUGGACCAGGGCGCUAAAGUGUAUAAGUACGUUUUCUCUUACAUUGGAAAUAGUAAGUUUAAGAAUAUACCUGGAGUUGGAGUAUACCAUACUGAGGAACUGCAGUAUUUGUUUGAGUUGGGGGAAGAAUUCGGUUUUGACCCCUUAGUGGAGCCUGAACAAAUACAGAUGAGGGAAAGGAUGACCACAAUGUGGGCGAAUUUUGUGAAACACGGGAACCCCACUCCAGAGACAUCGGAUCUCCUGCCAGUGCGAUGGGAGAGGGUGCCCAAGGACUCCAGACCCUACUUGAACAUAGAUGUGACGAUGGAAAUGUUCGAAGACGUGUACCAUGACAGGGUAGCAUUCUGGGACCUGCUGUGGCACAACUAUUGGAGAAAAUCCAAAAUUUUAUCGUAAAGAUACAAAUUGAUGAGAAUAUUAUGUUGCAAAAUAAGUAUCUAAAUCUAAAUUUUUUAU